GCCCGGCUAUGCAACUGAUGUGAAAUCUUAAACGGAGCUUCCCUUUCUGUACUAUAGCACUUCGUGUAACGCAGCUGCAUAUGUAGUUGAUGUCUAGUACCCCGCCUCAAAUGAUGCUCGAUGACCCAGAUUCGUGGACUCAACCCUUGCUUCAACACCAACGAGGACAGAACAGCAGAGCACCAGAACAAGCGAGUCGGAUAUCCUCCUCGGCUCACUACCUGUCUGCUCGAACCUCGUCCAUCAAGCUUCCCUUCUGUCACACACACCAACCAGCUUCACUCUAAACCAAUAUAUAAGAACAGAACCAAAACAAACCGAAACCAAACAUG